AUGAGGGCGGAAAAGAAACACGGCGAUGCGUCUCUCGUUCCUCCCACUCGCUCUCCGUUUUCUCCGCCGCCUCCACGCGCUUUCCCUGUUUCUCCUCUGCCUUCGCCGCUUCUCCCCCCUCCGCAGAAGUGGAUAGUUGCGACGGAAAAGAGAGUGCAUCCGAGUGCGCGAGCGGCAGCGACUGCACUAGAGUCGGUGGGGCGAAGCCAAGGCGAGAGGAAAACGUUCGUCACGCGGGUGUUGCAGGCUAUGCUGGCGCAGCGGUACCGCGUGAGCAACCAGGAGAGCGAACGAGUCUGGCGCCGCGUACUCGCUGGCAUACUAAAUCGACUCACAACGACAACCAAAAGCGCCGUGCCUAGUCAUGCGUACCACCUCGCUGCGUGCGCUGACUCUGUGCCUUCCGCGUCGUCGGCCGCUUCGUCGCACGCCUGUCCCGUGGAGUCAGCUGCUGCCACAGCUGCUUCCGGCUCUUUAGCUGCGCCGCCGCCUCCGCGCGCUUCCUGGGUUUCUCCUCUGCCUUCACGGAUUCUCCCACCUCCGCCCAAAUGGCUAGUUGUGAACGAAGAGGGAGGGCAUCCGACAGCGCCAGUGGCAGCGACUCCGGUGGCAGUACAGAAAAGCUUCUUUGCUGGGGCGCCUGCAGGUGCAGGAGCAAAACUAGGGUCGACCGGCCAAACCGACGAGGAGAGAAGAGCAGUCUACAGUUGGGUGUUGAAGACUCUGCGGGAGCGACAGGCUCGCGCGGGCAACCAGGGGAGCGAUGAAUCAGGCCAACCCGAUCUCGGUGGCACACUAAAUCCAAAGUAUCCCAUAACGGCAACAAACGGCGCCGUGCCCGGUCACGCGUGCGACUCUGGUCCGUUCCCUUACUUUGUGCCUUCCGCGUCGUUGGCCUCUUCUUUGCACGCCUGUCUUAUGGGGUCAGCUGCUGCCACCGCUUCUUCCGGCUCUUUGGAUGCGCCGCCGCCCUCGCCCUAUAUCCAUCCUCCUAUUUUUGCUGCUCGCCCUCCGCCAUCUUCCGCGUCGUCUGCGUCUGCACUGGCUUGGCCCGAGUGGCCUCGCGCCUCGUCUUCCGGGUCAGAACCCCUGCAAGUUCAUUUCCGCGUCAAGUGGAAGCAGGGGGCUCACCGCAACAUCUGCGUAGCUCUGGUAGCGAAAUGCCAAGAACUUGCGUGGUCCCCGCUCGCCCCCCUGUUCUCUUCUCCCGCAUACUCGAGACGAUCCGUCGCGUGCCAGUCGUCGUCCUUCGCGUCGUCCUCUCCGCCGCUAUCGCCGUCCUGUUCGUUCGGCGAGGCUCCCAAAUCUCUCUGUUCGCUCUCGACUGUCGCGUCGUUGGGUCCACCGGCGGCGUCAGCGCCGUUUGCGGGGUCGGCGCGUCCCUCGCAGUCUUCAUCUUCCGCAUUCCUCGUCUCCUCGCGGCUUCCGCUCCUCCUGAAGCAGGUAGCGCCACGCGACGGCGCUGAAGACGAGUGGACGAGUGACCCGCUGUUGCUCCAGUCGGUGGCGCCAGGUCACGUUGUGCCGUUUGUGUUUCUCCUGUGGGAUACAGAGAAAGGCGGGCCUGCGCGAAUCGAGCCAGUACCCGACAGACGGUGGUUCGCUCUGCCUCGUGCGCGUGGAAGCUACACGAUCGAUGCCGGAGCGUUCCAAGACGCUCGCGGAGGGCAAGCUGCAGUCUACCCCACGCCUCCCCCCGUCAACAGGGGCCCCUGGGAUAUGGCGUUCGAUGACGAAUUCUGA